AAAAAAAAAAAAAAAAAAAAAAAAAUUGUAUAUUCUUAUCUUAUACUUAUUACCAGUCACCUUGAAUCAGCAAUUAACUCUCCUGGCAGCCUGAUCUUUGCUUCAUCGACGAACAUGGCCGAUAUUUCCAUUCUUCCUGCUCAAGUUUUGCUAGCAAAGCGUGUCCAGGAAAUGGUCCUCAACGGUGAAGAACCACAACCGCCUUAUAUAUGUAGAGAUGAUCCUACAGAUCAUGAAGAUGUUUCUGUCCCACCAGAUCCACUUCCUGUCAUAGACCUAAGCCUCAUCGCUUCUUUGGAAACAUCCACUGCUCAAGAAGAACUGCAGAAGCUUAAGUCAGCCCUUUGCUCAUGGGGUUGUUUUCAGGCAAUAGGCCAUGGGAUUCCAAAAUCAUUUCUAGACGAGAUUCGACAAGUAGCAAGGGAAUUCUUUGAACAACCCAUGGAAGGGAAGAAAAAAUAUGCUAAAGGGGUUGACGAGUUUGAAGGCUAUGGAGCAGACCCUGUCCCUGCAGAAGGCCAGUCACUUGACUGGUCUGAUCGUCUAUUUCUCGAUGUAUACCCAGAGGAUCGGAGGAAACCCAAAUUCUGGCCAGAAAAUCCAAAAUCUUUCAGGGAAGUGUUACAAGACUACACUACAAAGAUGAGAAUGCUAACAGAGGUCACUUCAAAAGCCAUGGCCAAGUCAUUGAAUUUAGAGGAAAGUUGCUUCCUGGAUCAAUUCGGACAAAAAGCACCUCUACAAGCAAGGUUUAAUUACUAUUCCUGUUGUCAGAGACCUGAUCUUGUGCUUGGCUUAAAAGCCCACUCAGACGGAUCAGGGUAUACCAUUAUCUUACAGGAUGAUGUUGGAGGCCUGCAAAUCCUUAAAGACAAGAACUGGAUCACAGCACCUGCAAUUUCAGAUGCCCUCCUAAUCCUAAUGGGUGAUCAAAUGCAGAUAAUGACUAAUGGAAUGUUCAAGAGCCCAGUACACAGAGUUUUGACCAACUCAGAGAAGGAGAGGAUUUCAAUAGCUGUCUUCUACACACCUGAACCCAACAAAGAGAUUGGACCUGAAGAAGGAUUAGUCAAUGUCGAAAGACCAAGAAAGUUCAAGAAGAUGAAAGAUUAUGCUGAUGUACACUGGGAAUACUACCAGCAGGGAAAGAGGGCACUUCAUGUAGCAGCUGUUUAGAGCUGUUCUGUUGCAAGAAACGUUGCCUGUAGCGAAGUGCGAGAUGUUAUAUUAGUUGGUACUUGUUUGUGUUGUUUGGCCUAUCUUUAUGGUUCCUAAUAUCCAUUCUGACUGCC